AUGGAUGUCUUUGAAGGCUGGAGAGAAUGGGUCGAGCCAGCGUUUUUGCUGUGGAGACCUGGUGGUGACCGCUAUGAGAGACCUCCGUACAUGACUCGGACCGAGAAAGAUAAGCCUCAUUACACUGCUGAGCAAGAAUAUGCCAUGAUGGACGAACAAGUCAAUGAAAGCGAUGGGUUUGAUAUCAAUUUCUCACUCUUCCGCUGCGUUUUCAACUACCAUCCUGCUAUGUUCGAUACACAUCAGUUCGUUGACGAGCCAGAAACCACUGAGGAUUUUCUCAUCAGGCUCUCUCAGGGGUCCCUUGAUGGAUACAAUCUGAAAAAUAAUACAAAAUUUGAGUUUGUAAAGGUUGUUCGAGCCAAUUACCACUUUUCUGGUGCGAUAAUGUUUCUCAUAACAUUUCAAGUUAAGGAUCCUUACGAUGGCCUUAUCAAACACUUCCAAGCAAGGGUACGCCACGCUGAAGGAAUCAUGCUUGAGUAUGUCUUCUGCAGGCCCGAACCUGGUCAAAAAGUUGAAUGUGUUGGGACUGUUAAGACUGAUGUCCAGAAAGACCUGGAGAAAGAUGCCAAGAGAAAACAAUUGGAGAAAGAUGUCGAGAAAGAUGCCAAGAAACAAAGUUUGGACUAG